AGUACAUGGUAGGUAGGUGCAAUGUCAACAAUUAUAUCACUAUCGCUAAAGUAGCGGGGUGAUUUGCUAACUCUACUUUUGGUUCUACAUUGCUGCUUCACUGAGCGAUAUGAAAAUAACACUUCGUAGCUAACCUUCAAUGGAUUAAAAAUUUAUGAGACACUGGAUUGGUUUGCACAUGCACUCUUAGAGUCUCAUGGAUGCUGUGUGUAUUUCUAUCAAAUUAUGUGGUAGUAAUUAAAUGUACACCUAAGCUUGGAUCUAUAUUAUUUGACCCCCUCUAUGAAGCCAAUCUUACAAAUAAUGUCAUAUACCAACAUAAAGAGUUACGUAGAGAAAAUUAUGGUAAACACAAAUACUUACAAGUGACUCGUUCAAGAAAAACUCCCGAGAAUCCACGCAGUAAAUCAACUAGUGAACAUGUUAGUAAAGCAAUAAUAUAUGUUCGAAUGUUCAAUAAUUCAAGAAAGCUCGAAAAUAUUAAGCAACCCUGCUUAGGUUAUGAAUUUGAUGAAACUCUAUGCAAAAUUGUAGAAGAUAGAGUCGUUUGUGGAUAUAACAAAAAUGUCGGGAACAUAACUAAUAAAAUAAUCGAUUUUGGUAAUGGCUGUAGGAUUCGGGGUGAUAGACUAGAAUGUGGAUACUGGCAAGGACCUUUUAAUAAUCCUAGACGCCCACUAGCUAGAGAUGGCAAUAACGAAGAUUCCGCUGAUAAGCUUCUCCAUCAAAUAAUCAAAAUAUAUCAAACUGAUACAACGAAAAAAUUCAUAUCUACUACAAAAGAGUCUAUAAAAAAAGAAAAUUCAAUUUCCUUAUCCACAUCAAACACAAUAAAAAUCCCAAGUUCCAUUGAAUCAAGUCUAAAAUUUUCGAUAGCGACUACGUUAUCAACGAAGAGCAAUGAAACAUCUACUUCAACAAAUACCAUGAAAUCUUCUGUUACAUCAACUUCUACGGGAACUACAGCAUCUAAAUCAACAAAAAGAUUAUUUAAUAUACAUUGCGUUGAAAAAAAUGAUCAUAUAUUUUGUUAUUACAUCAAACAAUAGUAAAUAAUUUAUUUUGUCCAGUUUU